CUUUUAAAAUUUACAUUCUCUUAUACUGACUAUGAUUCCUUUUAUAAAGAGAAACAAAAACAAUAAGCAAAAAAUAAGUCAGAGAAACAAACAAAUCCCUAAAUCCCAGCACACCAAGAAAAAAAACUGGACCCAAACUAUGAGCAAACUAACGUCAUGGUUGUUAAGUUGCAGGUGCAGAUCUGAGUCUCAGCUUGUUGCAUGCGAGGUUUUGGCCUCUCCCAACGGGACCCAGGGACCCUCGGAGCCAUUCCACAGUGCACUUGGGCAGCAGACUUGCCCUCACGCCCCUCACCAUGGAGAUGGAAUCUGCAGGCGCCUGCAAGUUGGGGAUGUAAUUACCCAAGGAUGUGGCAAACAUGGGGGCUGCGAGGGGGGACAUUCUCAGCCCAGCAAGAGGGGUGGUCCUGGGGUCUUCAAAGGGCAGCACAUCCAGGGCCUGCUGUUGGGCACACUUCAGGCCUGGGUGAGAAGGGCUUGGAAACCUGUCGUUUCCCUGUGGCUGCUUAUAAAGGCGUUCCGGGCCUGCUCUCCGAGGAGGGAGACGGGGACGGAGCAGAGGCGGGAGAGCGGGGCUCCGAUGGCCAUGCGCGCUGCCUCCAUCUUCCGUCCGACCCUGCUGCUCUGCUGGCUCGCUGCCCCGCGGCCCGCCCAGCUGGAGACCCUUUUCCACAGCCGGGACCGCUCGGACCUGGAGCCGUCCCCGCUGCGCCGGGCCAAGCCCAUCGCCGACCUCCUCGCGGCGCAGCGGUUCCUGUCCAAAUACGGCUGGGCAGAGGCGCCCCCGGGGUCCCGGGAUCCCAGCCCCGAGGGGCCACCCGAGGGCCCCCCGGCCGCCGCCCUGGCCGAGGCGAUGCGCAGGUUCCAGAAGGUCAACGCGCUGCCGGCGAGCGGGGAGCUGGACGCGGCCACGCUGGCGGCCAUGAACCGGCCGCGCUGCGGCGUCCCCGACACGCGGCCCCUGCUGCAGGCGGCGCGCCCCGCGCCCGGGACCCUGGCGACCCCGCGGGGCCCGCUCCCCAAGGCCCGCCCCAAGCGCUUCCUGCAGGCGCUGCUCCCCGCGCCCGGCGGGCAGCCCGAGGACCCCCCGCCCGCUGGGGGGCCCCGGGCCUUCUCCAAAAAGACCCUGACCUGGAGGCUGGUGGGCGAGGGCUACAGCAGCCAGCUCUCCGUGGACGAGCAGAGGUACAUCUUCAGACUGGCCUUCCGGAUGUGGAGCGAGGUGAUGCCACUGGACUUCCAGGAGGACCUCACGGGCCCUGGAGCCACGGUUGACAUAAAGCUGGGUUUUGGACGCGGCCGGCACCUGGGCUGUCCUCGGGUUUUUGACGGGAGUGGGCAGGAGUUUGCACACGCCUGGCGCCUGGGCGAUAUUCACUUUGACGACGAUGAGCAUUUCACACCUCCCACCAGUGACACGGGCAUCAGCCUUCUCAAAGUGGCCGUCCAUGAAAUUGGCCAUGUCCUUGGCUUGCCUCACACCUACAGGACAGGAUCCAUAAUGCAGCCAAAUUACAUCCCCCAGGAGCCCGCAUUUGAGUUGGACUGGUCAGACAGAAAAGCAAUUCAAAGACUGUAUGGUUCAUGUGAAGGAUCAUUUGAUACUGCGUUUGACUGGAUUCGCAAAGAGAGAAACCACUAUGGAGAAGUGAUGGUGAGAUUCAGCACAUAUUUUUUCCGCAACAGCUGGUACUGGCUUUAUGAAAACCGAAACAACCGGACACGCUACGGGGAUCCUAUCCAAAUCCUCGUUGGAUGGCACGGAAUCCCAACACAAAACGUAGACGCUUUUGUCCACAUCUGGACGUGGAGAAGAGACGAACGUUAUUUUUUUAAAGGAAGUCAGUACUGGAGAUAUGACAGUGACAAUGAUCAGGCCCACACAGAAGAUGAACGAGGAAAAAGCUACCCCAAAUUGAUUUCAGAAGGAUUUCCUGGCGUCCCGAGUCCCCUGGACACUGCCUUUUAUGACCGAAGAAAGCAAUUAAUUUACUUCUUCAAAGAGUCCUUCGUGUUUGCAUUUGAUGUCAAUAGAAAUCAAGUACUUGAUUCUUAUCCAAGGAAGAUUACUGAAGUUUUUCCAGGAAUAGAGCCACAAAACCAUCCUUUCAGAAAUAUAGAUUCAGCUUACUACUCCUACGCACACAACUCCAUUUUCUUCUUCAAAGGCAAUGCAUACUGGAAAGUCGUCAAUGACAAGGACAAACAGCAGCACCCUUGGCUUCCUUCAAAUGGCCUAUUUCCCAAGCAAUCUAUCUCAGAGAAGUGGUUUGACGUUUGUGACGUCCAUGCCUCCACCCUGAAUAUGUGAAGAGAAAAGUAGGCAAACGGAGCGAGUCAAAGGAUUUCUCUUCUAAGAGAAAAAGUCUGAUUUCUUUUACAAAGAAAACAAACCAGAGUUUUAGUAACCAAAGUGACGAGGGCUCCCUAAGUUAAAACCCCAUGGAAAAAGCAUUACUUAAACUUUUAAAAUACUUGAUUUAAAAGUCAAUUUCUCAGUCAAAAAAAUAAUUCACCAAAUAAUUUUACAAUUUUUUUAGGCAAGGUUGAAAAAAAAAAGGAAUCCUGAGGAAUCGCUGUCUUUGCUGUCCAUUCUCUCCAGGGUUCUGUAGCCGUGUUCCCGACACUGUCUGUCCCUCCUCCCGCCGAUUUCAUGGGUAGAUGGGAAGGCGGCCAUAGCCAUGGGGUCCAUCACAGAAGAUGCCGCCCGCUAAGGGCAUGGAAAUGUUACUGCAUGAAAACUUGGGGAUUCGAUGGAAAAGGUCACAGAAUUCGAAUUAACCACUCCAAACUUCCUAUUUAUAUUUUUCUAAUACUUGACAGUGUACAAAAAGUUUUUGCAUGUAUUUCUUGAUCUUCAUAACUCUGUCAGCAGCAGGCCAGAUACUGCCGUGCACAUUUCUAGUCGAAGGAACUCAAGUUCCCUAGCUGUGUCCUGCCAAAGGUCUCACGCAGCAGCCGCUCUUGCCCCUGCUCCCCAGUGCAGCCUGGUGCCCUGGCACUCGCUCUCCAUUCCUGCAGUGCUCUCUCGUUUGAGCACAGGCCUGCAUCCCAAACAGUCCUGAACAGCACAGCUGUCUGGCUCGCUAGAAUUCAUAUAAUGUGCUUCUCCCCCUUCAGAGCAGGAAACCCUUUAUAUGGCAGCUGAUUUAUGAUCUGAGGGCUAACAACCAAAAUAAGACUGUUGAAGCUAAUUGGAUAACUUUAUUUUUCCUAUGUCAGUUAUCUCUAGGAUAGGCAUUAUGUCCCUUUAACUUCCAGAUAAAAUAGCUAUUACGGCUUCUUAACACAAACUCCAACGUCUGUGUAAUGUUUUGGGCACUGAAAUUAACUGAAAAAGACUCCGUCGUCUCAAUGAUCAGGCUACAAAUACCACAGUUCUUCUAAAGGAACAGCUAAAACACAAGCACUUCAAGAAGCUUUAAAAUCAGAUUACAAAAACUUUUUUUUUCUCUUUUUGUGAGGAAGAUCAGCCCUGAGCUAACAUCCGAUGCCAAUCCUCCUCUUUUUGCUGAGGAAGAGUGGCCCUGGGCUAACAUCCGUGCCCAUCUUUCUCUAUUUUAUGUGGGAUGCCACCACAGCGUGGCUUGACAAGUGGUGCGUCGGUGCAUCAGGUAUCCGAACCUGCAAACCCCGGGCCGCUGAAGCAGAGUGUGUGCACCUAACCACUAUGCCACCGGGCCAGCCCCUACAAAAACUUUUUAAAAGGACCUUUUUCCCCCUGUAGGGACUUUCAUAUUAUUGCUCUGACAAGUGAAGAUAGGUAUAAUUUAUAUCUUCUUGCUUAAAAACAAAUUUUCCUCUUGACUGAAAGGCUGCUCGGCAAGACAGAGGCUAGAAGACAGAACUCUAACAUCUAAC